AUGGCCGCCCAGACUUACAACACGCUCCCACUGCAUGAGUCGUUCAAUGUCUACGUCUCGCCCUCAUCAUACGUCUUUGAGCCCUCGUCGUCCUCGGUUCCCGUCGUGGGCGCCGAGCGCGUCGUGAAUGAGAAGGACGUUCGUGAGAGCCUGCACGUCGAUCGCAAGACUGGCGCCCUUAGCCUCAGUGUUUCCUCUGCCAUCCCAUACGGCAAGGAGAAGGUUAUCUCCUGUUACGGUAUCCUGGGUGUUAUCAGCCUGGCAACGACCGACUUUCUUGUGAUCGUCACUGGCCGCAAGCCAUCGUCCAGACUGCUCUCGCAGGCCAUCUACCUUGCGACCGACUUCCGCCUGCUGCCGCUCAACCCCACGUCCUCGUCGCAGGCGAUUCUCGGCCACCCGGUCGAGAAGGAGCUCGUCCAGCUCGUCGAGCGCGGCCUCAAGAACGGCAACCUCUGGUUCUCGUACGGCUGGGACCUGACCAACACCCUUCAGCGUCAGAAGGAGCAAGAGGAUGCGGGCCUGGGUGCGUCGACCACCCCGCUGUGGAAGCGUGCCGAUGAGCGCUUCUUCUGGAACCGUUUCCUGCAGGAGAAGCUCAUCGACCUCACCGAGAGUGGCGCGACCGACCUUAGCCGAUUCAUCCUGCCGGUCAUGUUUGGCUCCGUUGAGCUUAGGUCAUCGACGAUCAACAACCGUGACUUCCUCUUCGCACUCAUCGCGCGCCGCUCGCGCCACCGUGCCGGUACCCGCUACUUCUCGCGUGGUGUCGAUGACCAAGGCGAUGUGUCCAACUUCAACGAGACGGAGCAGAUCGUCCUCAUCGACCCACUCCCAGAGAACGGCGUCGCUGGUGCGAACCGCGGACGCGUGGACGGCCGUGAGCGCCUCAGCUUUGUCCAGAUCCGUGGCUCGGUGCCCCUCUACUGGGCUGAGGUCAACAACCUCCGCUACAAGCCCGACCUGCAGAUCAUGGAGAAGCCAGAGACGGUCGCGUCGAUGAAGAAGCACCUGUACAACAUGGUCGACAAGUACCAGUCGGUGUACCUGGUCAACCUCAUCAACCAAAAGGGCUACGAGCAGCCCGUCAAGGAGGCGUUUGAGCGCUACAUUACGCAGGCGACUGCCGACCACACUCUUGCGGACCGAGCCCACUACGUCUACUUUGACUUCCACCACGAGUGCCGCAAGAACCGCUUUGACAGGAUCCAGGUUCUCAUUGACAAGCUGGCCGAGCCCCUCAACCGCAUGGGCUAUUUCUAUGGACAGGCGAAUGCCUCUUCUGGCUUCAACUCGAGCCCUGCCACCCCAAACAAGGUCGUUUCAAAGCAGAGCGGUGUCAUCCGCACCAACUGCAUGGACUGCCUCGACCGUACCAACGUCGCGCAGGCCGCCCUGGCCAAGUGGGCGCUCAACGAGCAGCUCCGCAAGGUCGGCGUUCUCAGCGCCAAGGAGUCUGUCGACGACCACCCCGACUUCAUGCUCGACUUCCGCAACAUCUGGGCCGACCACGCCGACUACGUCUCGAAGGCGUACGCUGGCACCGGUGCGCUCAAGACCGACUUUACGCGCACUGGAAAGCGUAGCAAGCAGGGUCUCCUCAAUGACGGUGUCAACUCGGUGUCGCGUUACGUCCGCAACAACUUCUUUGACGGCGACAGGCAGGAUGCCUAUGACCUGGUCACUGGCGCCUAUGUUGCCCAGCGUGGCGGCAUUCCUCCUCUCACCGACACGCGCCCGCUCCUCAUCCGCUCGAUGCCAUACGUGCUGGUGUUCGCCCUCACAAUGAUCCUUGCGGCCGUCACGCUCCCCCGCCAAUCUGAAUGGUCGAUUUACUCCUUCCUGUUCCUCUGGUUCAUCCUUGCCUUUAUCUCUGGCUCGUUCAUUUGGGGUAAUGGCAUUUCGUACGUCUCGUGGCCUCGUCUCAACCCUCCGUUCGAGAUCCUCUCGUACGAGGGCCAGGGCUUCAAGACGUCUAGGCGUGGCCGUGGCUUGUCGAUUGGCAGCGUUGUGCCUGGCAUCGGCAAGCGCAAGGCUGGCCGUGGCCGCAACGAGGAGUACGACCUUGGCGCGAAGAAGAAGGGCGCUCUUAUCGACUAA